AUGUCGAACUACGAUAAGCCUCCGGCCUACCCACCUCCCGCACAUACCGAUUCUCCCUAUGACCCCAAUAGCCAAGGAGGGGCGGCACAAGGCUACUACGGAGCCCCUUCAGACCAAGGCGGAUACUAUGGUGGCCAACCGCAGCCCCAAUAUGGCCAACCACAAGGUUAUCCACAACAGCAAGGGUAUCCGCCACAGCAGGGAAUGUACUACCAGCAGCAAGGGCAGCCGUAUGGGGAUGGCGCGGAAGGGGAUUCGUAG